AUGAAGGCUGCUGAGAGUGAGGUCCCGGAUGCGCACUUCACUGUGGAUAAGCAGAACAUCUCCCUCUGGCCCCGAGAGUCUCCUCCCAAGACAGACCCGUGCCUGGUUUUGAGGAAGCCUCUCAUGGUCCGGGCUGCAGUCAUCACUCUGAUGCUGGGCCUCGCGGCCUCCAUCCUGCUGCAGGCCAUUCUCUAUCCCUGGUUUAUGCGCACAAUAUCAGAUGUAAAGACCAAUGCUCAGUUGCUGAAAGGCAGCAUGGACAACAUCAGCACUCUGGGUUCUGAGAUUAAGAGGAACAGAGGCGGCGUGGAGGCGACCAGCCUUCAGGUCCGGAUGGUAAAUGCCAGCCUGGCUCAUGUGCGUUCUCAGAUUGAGAAGUUGGAAGCUGGUAUGAGGGAUGCUGCUGCCCAGAUCCAGAUGCUAACAAGAAGAUGGGAGGAGGUCAAUGACUUAAAUGCCCAGAUUCCAGCACUAAAAAGAGAUCUGGGUAAAGCCAGCUCUUUAAAUGCAAAGAUCCAGGGACUCCAGAGCCAUUUGGAGAACAUCAGCAAGUUGCUCAGACAGCAAAAUGACAUUCUGCAGAUGAUUUCUCAAGGCUGGAAGUACUUCAAGGAGAACUUUUAUUACUUUUCUCAAGUCCAAAAGACCUGGUACAGUGCCCAGCAGUUCUGUAUGUCCAGGGAUUCACAGCUGACCUCAGUGGCCUCAGAGAGUGAACAGGAGUUUCUGUACAAGAUGGCAGGUGGACUUUUCUACUGGAUUGGCCUGACCAAAGCUGGGAGUGAAGGGGACUGGUACUGGGUGGAUAAUACUCCAUUUGACAAGGUCCAGAGUGCACGGUUCUGGAUUCCAGGUGAGCCCAACAAUCAUGGGAACAAUGAACACUGUGCCAAUAUAAAGAUGUCCUCACUUCAGUCAUGGAACGAUGCCUCCUGUGACAAUAAGUUCCUUUUCAUCUGUAAACGGCCCUACAUCACAUCAGAACCAUGA